CACAGCACCACGGCUUCUCUUCCUCAGCAAGGCGACAGGGGCUUCCCCUUUAGCCGCCGCUGCCGGCUAAGCUCCGCAGCGCCCGCGGCCCGCGGCCGCCAUGCAGUUUAUGCUGCUUUUUAGUCGUCAGGGAAAGCUUCGACUGCAAAAAUGGUAUGUCCCAUUAUCAGACAAAGAGAAGAAAAAGAUCACCAGAGAACUUGUUCAGACCGUUUUAGCACUGAAACCUAAAAUUUGCAGCUUCCUUGAGUGGCGAGAUCUGAACAUUGUUUACAAAAGAUAUGCAAGUCUGUAUUUUUGCUGUGCUAUUGAGGAUCAGGACAAUGAACUAAUUACUCUGGAAAUAAUUCAUCAUUAUGUGGAAUUACUUGACAAGUAUUUUGGCAGUGUCUGUGAACUAGAUAUCAUCUUUAAUUUUGAGAAGGAUUAUUUUAUUUUGGAUGAGUUUUUUUUGGGAGGGGAAGUUCAGGAAACAUCCAAGAAAAAUGUCCUUAAAGCAAUUGAGCAGGCCGAUCUACUGCAGGAGCCACGUCAUGAAUAUUUUAAUGUCCCUGUGUACUAAAUGACUACCCAUCGAGUAUGCAGAAUUUCACAGAGGAAAUAGAAUGCUGAUAUACAUAUGAAAGAAAAUAUCCUCAGCAUGGUGAUUUAUUAUCUUGUAUAA